AUGGCUCCAUUGUCGCGGAGACGGACGUUCUCAGCUCGAUCGAUGGCGCCGCUGAAAAACUCCCGAAACGGGAACGCAAGUCCAACGGAUGGACCUCCCCUCAAGAAGCGCAAAUACAUCCCCGGUGGUCCUGGCGGUGGCGGACGCUUUAUCGAAAUAGAUGCUGUCGUUGAACGAAAACCACCUCCAGCCCCCGUCGUCGCAGAACCGGUUGUCCACGCCAAAAGUCAACCUUCUCCGCGCCCUCGACGCGAAAUAGCCCCUGCUAUCGUCAGCACCCCGCUUCCAAUGACCACUCCGCCUUCCACUCGCCCUCGCAGAGAACGCACUCAGAGUCGAGGCCGUUACAGUUCCGCGACUGCUGCUGCUUUGGCGCUCCAACAAGGCGAUGGAUACAAACCUCGCGAGGAACGGGGCUGGGAGGAGUUCCAUCCAGACCUGGACAUUGAAGCCAAAUUUGCAGUUUUCAGUGCCGAAGAUGUGGAUGGCGCAAGCAAACCACAGCAAUCCACUCCCAAUAACCAUCUCACCAAUGGUGUAUCUACUACGUCCGAAGCCCACGAUUCUCCUACAAUCGCCACUCCAUCGACACCCCAAACACCUUUCAAACGACGACCGGGUCGCCCUCCCCGACGACCAGACGCGAUGCUCAGUGCUAUCAUAAGUCCUGAACAGCCAAAGGUUGUCCCACCUCCGGGCCCAAACCCGCGCGAAAGACUCACUCUUCCCAAACCGAAUUUUCACCUACGUGAUCCAUUUGUCCGCUACGAGCAAAAAGGCGUCAAUCAGCAAAACUACGUGGAUCGUACGAUGGCCAGCGUUGGCUACCAAGAAAGCGAUUUAUUUGUUCGUCAUGAUCGUCGACUCAUUCGUAUGGCAGAGGGAGCUAUCGAGGAGGAUCUAGAUCUAGAUCCACCUGUUACGGAUGGUGAUACUAACGCAGCUAUUGGCUCGUUGGGCGUCGGAAGGGKGGAAUAUGACAUGGACGAACAAGACGAGAAGUGGCUAGAAGACUAUAACAAUAGGCGGAAGGCUGAUCAGCUGGAAGCGAUCAAGCCAGCCGUUUUCGAGAUUACCAUGACGAAGAUCGAGAAAGAGUGGUAUGCUCUAGAAAAGAAAAUACCGAAGCCGAAUCCUAAGCCGCCCCAAACACAACGUCCACGUUCGAGUUCCGCCGCCGCUGUCAACGGCGAGCCAGUGGGAGAUGGCGAAGAACAGGACAGCAAAUGCGCAGUUUGCGAUGACGGAGAUUGCGAAAACUCUAAUGCUAUCGUGUUCUGUGAUGGAUGUGACCUUGCUGUGCAUCAAGAAUGUUAUGGCGUUCCAUAUAUUCCAGAAGAAGUGGGUAUCGGUAACCAGUCCCUCAUGGAACCCGUUACGGACGUUGAAAAGGUGCCAAAGAGCCGAUGGAAGCUUCAGUGCUACAUAUCUUUUUGUCACAAGCAUGUCCCGCCUGACUGGCGAAAGGAACAUGGUACCGAUUCCGCGUACGCUGAAGCAGUUGAAUACUACAAGAAUACGAUGCAUGGCAAAAGGUGGGGCGAUAGUCAAGCAGCUGCUCUUGCGCUUGGGCCGUCUCUACCAGAUGGGGCUGAACAGAUAGAGAGUCAUUCUCACCAUGGUCCAAAUAUCCAUUUGACUUUUAAUGCGGGAGGGAACAAACGAAAACGUACGACCCCUUCAAAGCCUACAUGGAAAUUGGCCUCAGGAGCACCAGUCAUUCCUCAAACCGUACUCAACUCGGUCAUGGCUUCGUUGCAACGUUUCGCUGUGCGCCAGAGAAAGCAAUAUGCCGAGGACGCUUGCAAGUACUGGACCCUAAAGCGGGAAGCUCGACGAGGAGCAGCUCUAUUGAAGCGCCUUCAGCUUCAGUUGGAGACAUUCUCGUCGAUGGAGAUGACUAGACGCAAUUUCGCUGGCAUGGGCCCCAUUGGACUCUCACGCCUGCAACGUCGUAUUGAUUUCGCAGAAGUUCUAUCUUCGGAUGUUGAAAGGGUACGGACUCUUUGCGCCGAUGUGAAGGAACGUGAAAGUGCCAAGCUAGAAGACGUUGAAAUGCUCCGCAAUAUCAUCGAUACUGUUUACUUUCCUAUACCUCCGUUGUUGUGGCCGAUUUUUGAGAAGAUUCAGACUCUCGAUCCGAAAGGCGUUUUUCGUGCACCCCUACAAGCUGUUCGCGCUCGCUUGGAAUCAAGAUACUAUACAAAUGUGUCCGUCUUCUCUGCCGAUCUGGCACAUAUAUUCACCACCGAGAUAGGCGCCCAGCCAGUCGAAGAUACGGCGGAGCUCCAAUUACAAAUUAGUGGUCGCGCACCUGAGCUUACAGUUGACCAGCGCGAGAAGAGAAAAUUAGCAAAGAGGGUUAUUAAAUCCAUUCAACCAUCCCUCGAAGAUGCCAUUCGCAAGGAAACCGAGCUGAGUGGUUUGCCAUUUGAGAAGGAGCUUAAAGAGCUGGACAGUAUUUUUGAUAGCGGCGUUUUGUCACGGCGGAUAUCUGUGGUUGACGCCCUUGAUGCUUCGUUUGACUAUGGCCCUGUGACUAAUGGGUUGCCUGUCACUGAGUCUGACGAUCUUACCAAGAAAGAAGGUCCCGAGACGACGGAGCAAACACAAACACCAGCAGCUGACGGGGACAUUGACAUUCCGGAUGCAGACGAUAACUACAUUCAAACCACGAACAAUCUUAUCACCGCACCUUCCAGUGAUAGGGCUGGAGAUGAGUCAAUGGAGGCUUCCGAAAUCAUCGUCGAUGACAUGGCUGGCGGUGCAGUGAAAAAGGAUAACCAAAGUGUGGUAUCCCAACAAAAUGAACAUGCUACAAGAGCUGCACGAGGUCCAUUAACACCGCCAUUGAGCUCACAAGGCGAUCAGCAACAGGGGCCACUUGCUCAAGGAGGCAUUCAAUGGUAUAUGCAACCUUUCGAUCCAGUUGGCACGACCAUACAUGAAGAGCGGUGGACUGGUCGUGACGUUUUGCGCGGCAUGAGCGAGGAACUAAGCGAGCUUGAUGAAGAUGAGCUCGAGGACCUGGGAGGAGAUGAGAGCAAAGAUGAAAUCAAGGAAGAAUCCGACAAAAUUAAUGGCAGGGCGCCUGAACCUGUCCAGACUCGCCGGACGCAUUUCGGGGCCGUUGAGCUGGAGCACGCCAAGCCUUGCCACCCUAGCGCGAAUCAUAUUCUUUCGGAUCUUUCCAAACUUCAAAGCGGACUCGGUGUUCCCUUCCUUCUUCUCUUCCUUUCUCACUUAUCAAUCAACUCCAUUCAACCCAUCACAAAAAUGUCAGCCAUGGAGUACGAGAACGAGAACGGUCGCUAUGACGACGACCGUCGCUAUGAUCGCGACCGCAGCGCCUCUCCCCGUGGAGAUUCACGCGCCGACCGGGACCGUAGCCUUUCUCCCACUCGUGGGGACGAUAGAGCCCCUGCAGGCGACUCUAGAAAGGCCCCAAUCGACGAAGAUGAUGAAGGAUCUAUCAACCCAGGAUCCAACCUUUUCGUCACUGGCAUUCACCCUCGUCUCACCGAAGCAGACAUCUCUCGCCUUUUUGAAAAAUAUGGAGACGUCGAGAACUGCUCUAUCAUGCUUGAUCCUCACACCAAGGAGUCACGUGGAUUUGGUUUCGUCAAGAUGGUUACUGCUGAAMAAGCCGAUGCUGCCAAGGAAGGAUUGCAAGGCGAAGUGAUCGACGGCCUCACUCUCAGCAUCGAGAAAGCUCGUCGCAGCCGUCCCCGCACACCCACUCCUGGCAAGUACUUUGGCCCACCCAAACGAGACCCCCGCGGUGGCGGCCGAGGUCCUCCACGUGGAGGCCGUGACCGUUACGACGAUCGCCGUGGAUACGGUGGUGGCCGUCGCUACGAUGACUACCGAUAUGGCCGCUACGACUCUUACGGUCGCCGUGGUGGAGAUUACGGUCGCGAUGACCACGGAUACCGCGGUGGUAGCGGCGGUGGACGUGAGUACGGUCGGGACUAUGGCCGCGACUACGGCCGCCGUGAUGAUUACCGUGACGACUAUGGCUCUUACCGAGGCGGUGCUGCUGGCGGCAGUGGCAGUGGCAGUGGCAGUGGCAGUGGAGGUGACCGUUAUGCUUCUCGUGAAGAACGCUACCCACGUGGAGGUGAAGAACGCCGUGGUGGAGGUAGUGGAGGUGGUGAAGAGCGCCGUGGUGGUGGCUAUUACGACCGUGAUGCCAACCCUCCCAGCUACGAACAGGCCCCUCCCCGUGAAGGCCGUGAACCCUACAACGGUGGUGGCAGCGCUGCCGGCGGUCGAUCUUACGAAGGUCGCGGUGAGGAGAGGUACGGCAGCAGGUAA